UCAUCUGAAACAAGGAAACGAAACUGAUGAUGAACACAAUUGAAAGAAGACAAAUCAAGCAAACCAGGUUUGGAUGAUGGAGAUUGACGAAAGAAACCAAGUAAGCUAUACUACAUACCGUAAGCCAUGGCGCAUCCAUGCCCAGAAAAGGAGAAAACUUGAAUGAUUCUAUCCAGAAAGAUAAAGACAGAUAAAGGGAAGAUCACAUAGAAAGAUAACUUGUAACAGAAACAGGUUGCGUCUUGAAGGAAGGAGUGAGUUAUGAGAUUCAGUUCCUCCACUUUCCUAAUUUGAUAAAUAUUCAUAAUUACUUCUUCUAUAUGUCACACUAGAUAUUGUUACUUUCAUAUCUUAUCCAUCAAUCCUGAAUGAGCUAUCUCUGAUUGCUUAACUCUAUAAAUACCCUUUGCAGUAUGACUUGAAAAUAGUAGCAGAGGACCAUGGCUAGUAGUUUAAUUGCUUGGGGUCUUCUUUCAUGGUGGCUCUUAACUUGCUCAGUUGGGCUAAACAUAGAGAAUGAAUUGCCAAGCUUGACAGAAUUCGAUUAUGAAGAUGCACUCGUAAAAGCAAUCCUGUUCUUCGAAGGACAACGUUCCGGCAAGUUGCCGGCGAAUCAGAGAGUCAAGUGGAGGGGAGACUCAGCACUUUCAGAUGGAAUGCCAGAAAAUGUGAAUCUGCAAGGGGGAUACUAUGAUGCAGGUGACAAUGUCAAGUUUAUGUGGCCCAUGGCUUUCAGUGUAAGCUUGUUGAGUUGGGCUGCAAUUGAAUAUGAAACUGAGAUAUCUUCAGCUAAUCAGCUACGUUACCUUCGCUCGGCUAUCAGAUGGGGUACCAAUCUAAUAUUGAGAGCUCACACUUCACCUACCACACUAUACACACAGGUGGGAGAUGGGAAUACUGAUCACCAGUGCUGGGAGAGGCCUGAAGACAUGGACACACCCCGAACACUCUACAAGAUAACUUCUACUUCACCGGGCACAGAGGCUGCUGCUGAGGCUGCAGCUGCUCUAGCUGCUGCCUCUGUUGUGUUUGAAGGAAUUAAUUACAACUACUCUGCAACACUACUAAGGAAGUCAAAAUUGCUUUUUAAAUUCGCAGACAAGUACAGAGGAACUUACCAAGCUUCUUGCCCUUUCUACUGCUCCUACUCAGGCUAUCAGGAUGAGCUUCUGUGGGCGGCGGCAUGGCUCUACAAGGCCAGUGGACACUCCAAGUAUUUGAGGUAUGUCUCUAAAAACCAGGGGUGGGGUCAGAUCGUUUCAGAGUUCAGUUGGGAUAACAAAUUUGCUGGAGUUCAAGCAUUGCUGGCAAAGGAAUUUCUAAGUGGGAAGAAACUUUUGGAGAAGUUCAAGAAUGACAUCAACUCUUUCGUGUGCGCCUUAAUGCCCGGAAGCAGCUCAAUACAGAUUCAAACAACUCCUGCUGGGCUCCUACAUACAAGAGAUAGUAACAAUCUACAGUAUGUGACAAGCGCCACUGGCUUGUUACUCUUCUACUCCAAAAGCCUAAAUGCAGCUCAGAUUGAUGAAGUCCAUUGUGGCUCUGUGAAGUUCUCCACCUCUCAAAUUAGAGCUUUUGCAAGAUCCCAGGUGGACUACAUACUGGGGAAGAAUCCAAUGAAGAUGUCAUACAUGGUGGGCUUUGGCACUAACUAUCCAACACAGUUGCACCACAGAGGAGCAUCCAUUCCUUCCAUUAGAGUUUACCCAAGUAAGGUGGGUUGUGAUGAAGGCCAAUCAACCUGGUUCUCUUCUACCAAACCAAACCCAAACAUUCAUGUGGGCGCCAUUGUUGGAGGUCCCAAUUCGAAGGAUCAAUUCAAUGAUGUGAGAUCGGACUACUCUCAUUUGGAACCUGUAACUUACAAUAAUGCAGCAUUUGUUGUUUCAGUAGCUGCUUUGCUUGGCAGAAAUGAAAAUGAGUGUGGGUUAAUGCAACAAACCAAUACAUCCAGGAAGAUUAUUUACUAUGGCAUAUGAUUUAUAUCUGUCAAUGAAAUGACAAUAAAAUUCAGAUUAGUGGGUUUCACUUUGGUAGAACA